AUUGCUACUGUAAUUCUACUACAGAGUACAGAAUGCAUUUAGAAUUAAUUUUUAAUAUGUGAUAAAGUAUUCUAAUACGCAAACUAUUCUUUUCUUUCAUACUUAUACAGAGAAAUUUGAUAGUAAAGUGCGUGAGAUCGGCUGUUAAGUUUAUAACCAUAAAUUAUUUUAAGAUAAACAUAACAGUUCAAGUGCCGAAGUUUGUUAUGGAAUAGGUCUCUCUCCUUCAAGGUUAUAUCCCUAAAAGUGGUUGAGUUGAUCCGCUUUUUGCUGAAGUUUGAAUCUUUGAAUUCAGUUUUAUCGGGAUAGUGGAUAGUAGGUACAACUAGGUGUAAAGAGGAAGCUGUGCUGUGAUGUCUGAAAAAAUAAAUUACAAAAAACUUUGUGUCAGAUCCGGCAAAAAUGGAUUUAUUUACCCAAGGACAAUAGCGAAAGAACGAGGAGAGCUGACGACACUAAUUUCGAUUGCAGUUUGUCUUAUUCUGUUUUUGGUUGAUUUGAUGCAAAAUGAAAAUGACUUUCUAGUUUUUGUAUUACAAUAUAUUACAGGAGUUUUGCUAACCAUAUUAUUACAACUGAUGUACCGAGUUAUUUUGAUGUUUGAAGAAAGCCGCCAUUUAAUAUCCCGUUACGAUAGCAACGUAUCGACUUUGUUAAAGGAUGUUUUACAUUUUCCAGUUCCUGUUUGGGUGACAUUCGUUUUCAGUAUUAUAUAUCUUGUAUAUUACGCAUCAACACAGCAAUGGAGCGUUGGAAGUAUCACACUGCUUAGAAUUGUGUCCUUGUAUGUAACCAUGUUCCUGCUGGGAAAGAUUUUGAAAUUGGAUUCAGGUCCACUUAAUGACUCCCUAUGGAUAGCGGAGAAUAACGGUUUGGAUUAUGGCUCGGGAAUGGCUUAUUCAUUUUUCCAUGGAUAUUUAAAUUUAGUUUUGCCAAAGACGGGUACACAAGACAAGCAUUUAAAAGAAAUAAUGGAAGAUUACGAAGAUAUUAACGGCAUAAAGUUUGCUGUUCAUAAACUAUUUGUACUGAUACCGAAAUCGAUGAAAUGUUUCGUUAGUUUGAAAAACGAAUAUUCGCCUUCAAUGGAUGAAAGUAGGUCGUUAGAACAAAAAGUGAUGACAGUUGCUGGAGUUCAAGAUAGAGUAUAUAAAAACGCCGUUUAUAAGAUUAGUCUAAAGAAAAAUGAUUACAUUUAUGUCUCAGCAGAAUACGCAACUCCUUUGAAGACUUUUAAAGAUGUUUUUGACCAUGGAGGUCAACAUUCAGAGUAUUACAACAAACAUAAGAAGGACAUUAUUUUACAGUUCUAUUUGACGCUUAAACAAGUAUUAGAACAAAAAGGACUUAACCAAUUUUGUGAACUGAUAUAUUAUGAAGAUUCUUAUCAAAAAGAUGGUGUUCCAUGCUAUUACGAUGUCGGAAAAAUCAUUUACGAGAGAAUCAAGGCAUUGAAAAAGGAACUGUAAUUAAAAUAGUUACCAGGAGUAGACUCCUUGAAUGUCGUUUUUAUUUUCUAUGUUGUUUCUUUUUUAUAUUUUAUAUAUUAUAACAUAGUUUUAAAGAUUGUGAACUGAAAAAUCGAUCUGGAAUGUAACAUGUACAUUUUUUAAGACAAAUAAAUUCAUUAUUUUGUGUU